AUGCCACCCACAAUCGACAAUGUCAAGGUUACCGCCCUCACGGCCCCGACAGUCGCCAUGGUCGUCACUGUUGUCCGGAUAAUUGAGCGUAUCCGCACAAAGAGGUGGGGUGUGGAUGACAGUUUCGCCAGCCUGGCCACAGCCAUGCUCCUUGUCUUCGUUGUCGGCAUGUUCGUUCAUUUGGGCGACCCUACAAACAAGACCCGGACGACUGCUAUCGCACUCUCGUACGUCCUCCCCCAGCUGUUCUACGGUGUGCUAUGGUCCACUCGCCUGUCGAUUUUGUUCUCUAUCGUGCGCAUAACACCCGAUUACAUCAUGCGGCGUAUCCUGUACGGCUUGGCUGUCGCAUUCUGCGUAUGUUGGGCCAUCCUUUUCUCCCAGGUAUUCUGGGUGUGUGAGAGCCAGCCGCUGUGGAAGGAAGCCGUUAUUCCGCAAUGUCCGCUUGGGCAAGACGUGGCCAUCGCCCAGCUAAUCACUGAUGUGUUUGCCGAUCUUUCGCUUAUUGCGAUUCCCACCAAGUUGCUCUGGAACCUGAGAGUGUCCAGGAGCCAGAGAAUCAGGCUGCUCCUGACCUUCUCCACAAGUAUUAUCACCACCAUCGUGAGUUUGGUGCAUGCCUUCUACGUGCUUCGUGUGGGAGGCUUGGAGGAAUUGAUUGCUGCCAUCGUUGAGAAUUCGGUAUCUUUAAUUGUGUGCAACUCAGCUGUCCUCGUCACUGCAAUCAUGCAGUUGUUCAGAAAAGGAAGCAUGGACGACAGCACGGGGAAAAUUACUUCACGGGGUACUCGGACUGGGACCGUCUCGUAUGGUAUUACUUCCGUGCCACCCCCACCCAUACAAUACCAAGGCACCGGCAAGGCAUCGGAUGCGCUAAAACAUAUGGACGUCGACUCCGAUAGUCCUUACACAUCCUAUCACAGGAAGGUCGACUCCCAGGGCGCCUCACCCACCGUCGUUCAUGUAACCCAGGAGCAUGUUGCUCUCGUUGACCUACCGCAAUCAAAGAGAGGUUACCGCGAUAUGUAA